AUGUAUCGCAUUAUUCGACCGUCUUUUACCUCUAUACGACAACGGAUCCCCGGGAACUUACGUUUGCCAUGCCCUACACCGUUCACCUCUCCUAUUACCCUGCAGGAUCGGAGUUUUACAUGUUCACCCACCUUGUCUAAGAAGAAGGACAAGGCAAAGAAAACCUCGGACACAGCUACAGCUUCUAACCCUGUGGCUUCAGAGGAUCCGUCUGAUCUAUCCCAACUCCAGACUGGCAUCUCAAACGCUGUUGCCCGACUGAAAGAUGACCUUUCGAAGCUUCGCGCCGGUGGACGAUUCAAUACCGCGUCUCUCGAAGGAUUAAAAGUUCAAUUGAGCAAAGACGGCCAUGAAUCUGUCAAACUACGUGAUCUCGCUCAGGUUGUGCCCAAGGGAGGCAGGAUGGUGACAAUAUUGGUCUCUGAAGAAGAGCAUAUCAAAUCGGUCACGUCGGCGAUUAUCUCUUCGAACCUCUCUUUGACUCCGCAACCAGACCCCCAUAACUCCCUUCAGCUCAACCUUCCAAUCCCACCACCGACAAAGGAAUCCCGGGACCAAAGUGUCCAAGCAGCCAAGCAGGCCUUUGAGAGGGCCACCAGCACCGUCCGUGACUCUAGAGGGGCUAUGCAUAAGCGUCUACAAGAUCUGCAGAAGAAGAAAUUGGCGCGACCUGACGACGUACGCAAGGCUCAUGAUCAGAUGGAGAAAGCGACCGAUAAAGGCCAGAAAGAAGUCAAGGAUCUCUUUGACGCAGCAAAAAAGACAUUGGAGCAGGCCUGA